AUGUUUGUUUCCAUUAAGCCUUUCAAAUCUCACUCGCCAAAAACCCUUUUCUUCUUCUCUAACCGCUUUCGCAAUCAAUCAUCCCCCCAGCCCAGCCCGUUUCCGUUCAAUCUAUCAAUCAAUCAAUCAAUCACCCCCCCAGUCCUGCCAACGCUGGCGCCAUCCCCCAUCAGGGCCCAGGCCGUAUUCCCGCUGACGCCCCCCCCGUCGCCUGGACUCGCUGAAUACGGGAUUCUACAGGCCCUCGUUGCUCCCGAUGGGGCGCCUCUUAGCGCUCGAGGGCUGUGCCAGCUGCGCGAAACGGAGCCCUGGGAGCGCUGCAGCGCCGCUAAUCCGGCAGCGCCAAGGCCUCUGAGCGUCCCUCCUGCACACGCUCCAUUCCAGCGCCCUCCACUUCUUUUUUUCCCUUCCCUCCCCUUCGAUGCCAAAUCCUCACGACUUUGUCUCUUCCUCGCCCUAAACACCAAACACGCCGUCCAUCGCCAGCGUCGGACUUCCUCUCGCUACUUUUUGUCGAUAUUUCCCCCUCGAAGCCCCCGAGCCGUCUUCCCGCCUCAGCCGGUGCCACCAAAUUACUUGCGCAAACCUUCCAACUCUCUCCGCUCGCUUAAGUCAGCCGCCCUCGUAAAUUCCCAGGCGACUCGGACCAGAGACGAAGACGGAAAAGUCAAAAGAAGAAGAAGAAAAGGACAACCAAAGGACCGCAAUACGACUCGCUUUGCUUUGCUUUGCUUUGCUAUCGCCUGA